AAUGCGUCCUCCCCCUCCCCCAAAUAAAGAAAGAAAGGAAAGAGCGCGCAAUGGCCUGGCACGCGAGACUGGGGCUUUGCAUCCAGGCCUUAGCCAGCGAGCAGGCUCUUUUCGAGGACGCGUCCAUGAUGCUUUUGCAGAAGGGCGCCGUUGCCGUUCGCGUGGGGGCCGCGGAGGAGGAUGCCGGCACCGCCGCCAUCCGGGCCCUGCACGGCAGCCCGCCGCUUCCGGGCUCGCGCGAGGAGGGGGCCACCGGCGUGGGCAUCGUGGAAGAGCAGCACGCCCACUACCUGGUGGCAGCGGACAUGGCCGAGCCACAAGUGCGCGAGACCUUCCGGGCAUGGCAAGCCAAGCUUCAGCAGCUCAGCCGGUCUCCGUGGGCAAAGGCAUUGAAGGCCAAGGGUCUGCGAGUGGGCCGCAGCGCGCUGCAAGGAGCCUCCGAGGCGGCCGAGGUGGUGAGCGCCAACAGCGAGGUGUUGCUUCAGCAGGCCAAGCUUUGGCUGAACUCCAGCGGCUUUGCCGCGGCGCAGUGAAUGCAAUGAGAAAAUGGGCCUGCCUGCCUGCCCGCCGACCUCAAGACUCAGCUAGGUCCCCCA